AUGUUUGAUCUGUUGUGGAUUGUGAAGGAAGGUGGUACGAGGAAGAUGAUGAACUUGCCUCGGCUUCCUGUGAAGGAAGGUGGGUUAAGUCAACUUUUGACCACUGAAAGAUACUCAAAGUUUCACUUUGGUCACCCAAAGAUAAAACGUUCUAGUAUUAUUAUAACUGUCUAUCCAUACCAAACCCUCAAUGCCUCUACUUUUUACCGUAUAUUAAACCACCGUCGCUGCCUCUCCCGUUACCAUCAGUCGAGUCAACCACCGGCGAUCGCUCAUGGGCGGCGAGCAAACACAGACUCAGACCCACGCUCAUACUCAUUUGCAAACUCUGCUCCAAACUCAAUCGCAUCCCCUGGUGCAGCCACCGACACAGCAUCAUCACUCAUCAGGACUCAGCCGCCGCUCCCCAAACCCAAACCUACGCCGAAUUCGCUAAUGUUCCUCUCCAGACCGCCCCUCCUCCUUCCAAAAUCCCCCUACGUCCUCGAAAAAUUCGGAAACUCUCUCGGGAAACCGCCGCGGAGCCCAAUUCCUCGGAUAAUUCCAACGUUGGCUUGGAGUAAUGACAGAAUUCUGCACUGUUAUCAUAAAGUCAUGCUGAGAACAAAGGAGGCGAGAUAUUCUCUUGGAUUGUUUGCGGCUAUUAAUGGGACGAUACAAGUACCAGAAGAACUACAAGAUGAAGAACAUCCCUUAAAACGACGACCUGGUAAAUCUGUCUCGCCCACCCAUUACCACAUUACCUUUGAUUUCUUGUCGAGAAGACUGGUUUAUUUGGUUGCUUCUUUUGGACGACUUAGGAUUCCACCCUUGCUGCUUCAUAGUGGAGUUCAUAGAUUGAUUAUGAGAUGUUUCUUGGAUGGUUGCUGUUUAUUGCAUGAUUGUUAUUUAUGCCAGUGUGAAUGGGAAAACGUAGAGCACAACCCCACUAAUGAUUUCAUUAGAGCUUCAAAACGGUGCACAUCAAAGAUUCAAAGGAAGAUACCACUUACCGGUCCAAAUAACUUUGAAAGCCCCAAAUCGAUCUCGAUCACAACCCUAACGAAGACCCGCGAAGCUUUAUCCAGAAGGGCGAGAGAUUCAACCAACGAUGACGAAGUUCAAGCAUCCAACCAGUUUAUGAAUGAUAGCCGUCCAUUUCUCUUGAGAUGUUUUGGUUAUAAAUCUGGUUACAAAGAUGAUGAAUUUGACAUUAAGGGAUUAGUCGCUGAGGGUUUGUUCUUGGCUGGAGCUAUUGGAUUAUAUCCCUUACCUAAGACCUUCCUUCAGGAGGUAGAGGUGAACAAAAUGGAUUUCCUUCGGCGACUUAAAGAGAUCAUCAAUCUACCGUGCGACGAUGUCAUGUCUUCGCCGCAGUGGUUUUCCCAGAAAGUGCUGCCUCACGAAACCCUGCGGCUCGAUUCUUCCCAUUUGGAGGUAGAGGUGAACAAAAUGGAGAUCACCAAUCUACCGCCCGACGAUGCCAUGUCUUCGCCGCUGUGGUUUUCCCAGAACGUGCUGCCUCACGAAAACCUGCGGCUCGACUCUUCCGAUAUGGUGGUAGAGGUGGACAAAACAAAUCUCCUUAGGCGACUUGAAGAGAUCACCAAUCUACCGCGCGAUGAUAUCAUGUCUUCCCUGCAGUGGUUUUCCCAGAACGUGCCGCCUCUCGAAAACCGCUGGUGGGUCACGUUGGUACUGAGACUGUUUGCCUCCCGCAUGCCCUUUGAAGACAACCCCGGCCCCCUGAUUUUAUUCCAAAAAAACAGCCCUCAACAUCAGUCUGUCAAGGAGGUGCUGGAAUGGUUUUCCAAGAAGCUGCAGUUAUGCAAAGAAGACAGCCCCGAACGUAGGGAUGUCACGGCGGUACUGCGAUGUUUUGUCCAUCAAUUGGGGUUAUACAAGGAUGAUAAUCCUAAUUGCUGCCAGAUAAGGGUGUCUAAGAUGGGUAGAGCAGUGUUUGAGGCUAUGACAAAGAACAAGCCCAGGGAUGUUCUUGAGCGCGAAUAUCUUCAUUAUUGGUCGACCCAUGUGAUAGAAUCUAAACGAAGUUUUCCUGUGAUAGAAUCGGAUUCCACGGAUUCUGAUGUUCCUAGCUGGACCGUUCUUCUCCCUCAUGUUAAUGGCAGGGCAUUACCUUAUGAUGGAUUUCAGUGGAGUGAUACAAAUUUUUAUCUACACAAAUGUGAUGUUGAUUCAUGUUCUGCCUUGAAGCAUGUGUACUGGUCUCAUGAACCCAAUCUGACCAUUUUGUACGAGGGAGCUCAUUAUCAUAAACCUCUAUUCGACUUACCGGAUGAGAUAGAGAUUAGUGAUCCUCUGGAGUCUAUGAAGAGGUAUUUUUGUCAUUUUCCCGCAGAAUAUAAGUUUCACAAGAGCACUCUCAUUCAAUUAUGGGUAGCUGAAGGGUUCAUUAAGGAAGAUCUAAAUGGUAGAAUGGAAGACACUGGCAGUGUGCAUUUCGAUUGUUUAUUGAAGGAAAAGUUUAUAGUGUGUGCACCAAGUGAUUCUAGGUUCGGUAAUACAUACAAAGUCAAUACGGCCAAGAUUGGGGAGAGCUUACUGUUAAAAGAUGACAAGCUGGAAUGUAUCUCUGAAGAUAUAAAGACCAUGUCCCUCCUCUACAAGGACAUAAAUCACGUUUUUGAGUCUCUCAAAAAAUGUAAGAGUUUGUCCACCCUACUUUUGUUUCCGCGUCCUGGCAUUUGCAUCAAGCCCCUUACUGAUGCAAUCCUCAUGAGAUCUUUAAACGUUUUAAAGUUAAGUGAUUCCGGCAUUUCUGAAUUACCGGGCUCGAUUGGGUGUCUGGAGUCGCUGCGUUAUCUUGAUGCCUCUAAUACGACCAUUGGGGGAUUGCCUUCAACAAUUUGUCAGCUUCAAGAUUUGCAAACUCUGAAACUCAAAGAUUGCGUAAACAUUUAUUAUUUACCUCGAGACUUGAAGAAGUUGAUUAGUCUUAGGCAUCUUGAUUUGGAUGUUGCUCGCAUGUUAAGACCUUUACCGGCAGGGGUGGGAUGCUUAACCAACCUUCAGACAUUGCCAGCGUUUGUUCUUGAUCAAUUUGGUGAGUGCAGAAUCGGGGAACUCAAGCAUUUGAAUAACCUUAGUGGAGAAUUUCGCAUUCUGCGGCUUGAAUAUGUGGUGAAUGCAGAUGAGGCUAAGGAAUCAGCAUUGUGUGAAAAAAGAUACCUUGACAAAUUGGAGUUGCAAUGGAGCUAUUACCAUAAAAAUGUUGACAAAGAGGAGGAAAUUCUUGAAUGUCUUCAACCCCAUUACAAUCUUAAGGAGUUGAGGAUAUGCAGCUACCUUGGGUCGCAUCUUCCUAGCUGGAUUGGCAAUCCAUUAUUCAAGGACCUUGUCAGUAUUAAUCUGGAUGCGUGCACAAACUGCCAAUUUCUCCCUUCUAUUGGGGUUUUGCCUUCCCUCAAGGUUCUUUGCAUCUGGAAAAUGGAUUGCGUGAAGCAAAUUAGCGAAUCUUUUUUCAAAAAUAGCACAUAUCCGAGUGGUGUUUCAUUUCCAAAUCUAAAAAUGCUGGCGCUUGCUGACAUGCUUAGUUUGGAAAAGUGGACUGGAAUGGAAAUAGGUGAUUUACCAAGCUUGUGUGAACUCAGAAUUGAUUCUUGUCCAGAACUCGUUACUCUUCCUUGUUUAUCAAGCCUCAAAUCACUCGAGAAUUUGCAACUAAUCGACUGUCCAAAGCUCUCACCCUUUGUAGGAGAAUUACCAAUGUCGAUGAAGGAGCUUUAUGUAGAUGGUAGCCCUCUAAUCGAACAACAGUGCAACUCGGAGAGUGGUAAGGACUGGCAGAAAGUAGUUCAUGUGCCCUCUCUUUAUAUGGGUGGCCAAUGGAUCUCCACGGGUAUGGGCGGUAAACACUAAAAGCUUCAAAAUCUUCAAGGAAGUCCUCUACCAAGUGCUUCAGCUACCCAAUCAUCCAGCCAAGCUUCCCCCACCAUCUAAGGUCCUAAACAACUGCAAUUUGUUUGAUAAUCUGGUAUAGCUGCUGUCUGCUGGGGAUAUGUUCUGAUGUAGAGAUGUUCGUGCUUUCUUUGGUAAUGUUCGGACUUCUGAUGUUCAAGAUUCAAAUUGUCGUGGCAGAUGGUUUAUGAUAUUAUUCCUGGUUGGGAAUGAUAAGUUUCUGGUGGUGAUUCUGGUUUAAUUUGGGUAUGCGUUUCCCGGUAGUACUAGCCAGACUUUGUUGGGGCUUUGAAUGGCAAACCUUUUGUUGUUUUUUAUUUGGAUGUGAUGCUUGGUCCAUAUUUAAUUUAGUAUGGCACGCGCUGCAAACAUAUCCCCGCAUCUUUUUUAUUUAUUUAUUUAUGGUUCUGCCUAGUUUGAUUUGUGUUUCCCUACUGAGGACUUUUUGUUGUAUUAGUGCUGCUUAUUUUUGAACCAUUAUCAUGAUAUAUUUAUCCUAUCAUAUUAUCCCAUUUUGGUGUCAA